CGACAUAUUAAGAACUACGAGAGCGCUUGUCUCUAACUAGGAAAAGAGCAAGAACUUGUGACUAUUGUAUUACCAGCAUUUAUAAUCCAUGCAUUGUUCUCCUGCGACGUUUCUAGUUUUUUCUAGUUCACGUUCACGACUACCUAGAUUACUUCUUGCGUCAACAUCUUGGAAGAAAAGCGGAAGGACAAAGAUAGAUAAUUGUGUGUAGUCUCUGCAUCUUCAUCUUUGCUCAUUGUUUAGUUAGGCAUAGACAGAGAUCGUUAAUAGCCAGAAAUUUAAAGAUCAUAUUAUCAGCAAGGUUACAUCCGUCUAAGUCCCUCUAUGAUAAUCUGAAAUAUCAAUUACAGUGAAAACAAGUUGUUACAGUACUCCACACGUACAGUUUGAUAUAAUUUCGUUGUUGAGGCUACAAACAUUCAAAAAAUGAUGUUGGAAGGUAGUCGUAGUGGUGCUUUUCUGUGGUUUUCUCGUCUCGUGGUUAGAGUCGUGGUCCUUGUCGCGGCCUUUGCUGGAUUUACAGCCGUCGAUGCGGCAGGGUUGACAGGAGCACGACCAAGACGCGCAGCAUGGCAAGGAGGAAACGAUCAAGACCAAUACCAAGGUGUCGGAAGCCCGGAGGCCGCAUUGUCAAGGAAGCCGGGACGCCGAGAAUGUUGGACAAAGGCCAAGCCCUUCCCGGUCACAAAAACUCUUUUCUGCAGGUACUACUUAUUAAUUAGGCAUAGACUGACUGCUAUGUCUUUAUUUACACUAGUCUCUCUUUUGUAGGGUGGCCUCAAAGGUAGACGACUUUAGCUACAAAGGAGGUGCCAUGACAUGACAUGACAGGCUUUGGCACGCUAGACCAUCUAGACUUGUUCGCUCCUCGUUCUAGUAUUCUAGAUCAAUCAAUCGAUGAAAACAACACCUACGCCCACGAGCACGAGCACCCACGACUAGGUUUUUAUCGAAAGGGCGUUGCGACAGAAGCGAUAAUUGCACUUACGCCCAUGAAACUAGAGAGAUGGACCUCAACAAUGUGUGGAAAACGCAAGAGUGCACGGCUCCUGCGCAUGAGAGUGCAGUGGCGGGAGAACUCGCGCCGUGCCAGCUCAGUUGCAGUUUCUACCACAAUGAUUUUGAUCACCGAUAUUGUGGCGAAGACAUGUUCGCUUUUUGGGUGAAGCUUCUCGCGCGCAAUCCAGACUCUGCCAAAGUGCUCGCCAGCCGCGGCACUCCCACUCUGUUGAAACAAGAGGACGGGGGUGCCUUUUUAACGCAGAGGAAGAAAGACGAGGGAAGCUUGGAAGGAAAGGGAAGUGUGGAAGAAAAACAAAAGCACGCAAAGCAAAAGCAAGUCGCGGACAUGAUCCGAGCUAAGAUUCAUCCGAACAUGGCCACCGAUGCUGAACUGAUGGAUGCUCAUAGAAAAGUGCUCGAUCUUGAUGCCUAUGAUCUCCUCGAAGAAGGAACUGAAGAUAAAGCAAGGCAAAGAGAGGCGGACAAGCGAAUUACGAGGUUGAUUGGAGUGUUUCUGGACAGCAUCUCUGGCAAGACGCAACCCCUAUGCUCGUACACGCAUGAACUUCAUCCCUACGGACGUCAUAGACCUGGCAUCAUGAUCAACGAGCGCAAGGACUACUACAUGGAUCAACUCCGAGGCUUCGAUGAAGAUCCAAGGAAACUCUCCUCGUCUCAUGUGUUUUUUCAUCCCUGUUACAACACUUCUCCUGCUGAGGCUGAGGCUGACCCUCAGGAGGACCCUGCAGCCUUGGUUGGUGGUGUAGAUGAAGAAGUUACAGGGGGUCAUUACGCUGCAGGCGAGGAUGAUGAUUUUUGGUGGGAUCAAGUCCAAGCAAACUUAGCGUCAGGAGGGCCAUCCGCAACGUCAUCUUUGCAAAGUAACGAGUCCUCUGUUCCACCGUGCUUUUUUGGUCUUGAGCAUCAAAGUAUUUGUUCCCCAGGUUCGAUGACGCCACAGCAGCAAAAAGUUUCGCCUUCCUCGUUUCCCGUCUUGCAGCACAUACCAGACUUGGAUACACCACAAACUUUAGUAAGGGAUUUCGAUUUUCCACAUCUACAGUGUGGAGGUGGAUUUGUGAUGUCGCCAUUCAUCGUCGAUUACAACAGCAACAACUGCCAGCACUUUCAGGGACAAAACCUCAGCAAUCUUCCUCCACCACCUUGUACUACGGUGCAACAAGAACCAGGAGGAGUUUUUCCCUGCGGAUUUUCCGGGGGUUUCUUUCCGGGUUCUUCUGCAUCCCCUGCAUCAUCGUCCUAUGCUGGCUCUACUGGUGCACCACAGCAACAGCGACAAAGUCCUUCCCAAGUAGGGCAACAUGAUCCGGAGGUUGUUCCCCUAUUUUCUCCAGAACCAGGAGAAGCCGCUCCUCAGGCCGCUUCCUCGUGGAAUAAUAUGUUGACCACUUCUGGGAGAUCAAUUCCACUACUGGUGCAUCAACCCGACCGCAACAAUUGCCAAUUGUUGACUAAUUGCUUCGCUAACAACCAGGAACUACAACAGGUCGUGGAUCAAAGUGCGCGCCCGACUGCUGCAUCCUCGUCUCAAGGCGCCGCGUCCUCGUCCGGCAACUUUACUACAUGUGCAUUUACUACACCUUGUUCACCCUCUGCUCCCGACUUCUCCAGUCCUUCGAAGGGCACUGGCUCGCCACGACAGGCACAGCCACUUCCUUACUGGGUAGAAGAAGCUCCCGGCUGCGCGCCGGUAUGUAACUAUGUAUUGGUUGUGCCAGUUAAUGUCCCCACAUCUUGUUCAUCGCGAGCACCAGUACUAGAAGGUGGAGUCCCUAUUAUACAGCCUUCAGUGUAUUCGCCAAUCCCCGUAGAAGUAGGACUAGGAGGUGCCCAACAACCUCCACAGCAGCCGUCUGGACGACCCGAUGAACACUUGUCGUCGUACUUAGGUCCUAUGUGCUUUGACGUGCCAGGAGUCUUGCCACCUCACAUUGCUGCAAGUCUCAACGCGCAACAAGAAUCUCAAGGUCAUACUGCUGAUAACGCAGCUUUCUUGCCCCUUGCAGCGGGAGAACAAGAGGGAGCUUUCCGUCUUCCUUCGACAUCUGCGGGAGUAGAAAUGGAGGGAUCUUCUCCCUCUCUACUCAAGGACUCUCAGAAUUUCUCUCCAUCUCCUGUUCAAGAGUUGUUCGCGGGCGCUCCCCUCUUAUCUAAAAUGAAGCCGACGCGGCCACGACCUUCUCCUCCUCCUUAUCCGGCACCGUCAGUAGCGAACAGUGUUGGAGAAGCAAAACAAGAGCCAUUUGCUUUGCCAAGAUACAACCAUGUAAUUGGGAAGGAAGAGGACGGAUUUGCGAAACAGAAUGAACGGGAACAAGUACAAGAACAAGUAGAGACAACUACUGAUCAAGAAAGACACCAAGAGCAUCAAGAUCUACUCGAAGCAUUGCGGCGGAUGUCUUUGUCACGAGCACCUGCUCAACAAGGCCUUCUUCCUCAACAAUUUCAGCCCGCCAUG